AUGAAUUUAUCGGAAAGUAGUUUUAGCUCACACUCUCGCUUCCCACAGGAGACGUCGCGCAAGACCAUUUCGACUAGCAAAAAAUUCUGUGUGUUUAUCGCCACGGUGACAGCAGCCGCACUAUUUCUUUUUUUCAUUUUCUUUUCAAUUCAUAAAGAGUACUCACUUCAUUCCGUCUACCUUCUUCAAAGCUUUUUGGUCCUUGGCUUACUUGAGAAAAGCUGGUGGUACUAUCGUAUUCGGCACCGAUUCCUGGUUCCGAUGGAGGCGUCCGCAGCAGUAAUAUUUGGUAAUCGAUAUCCAGAGAUACCCCGGUGUAAUCUUUUAGGAUACGAUCGCGAACUACAAGAAAAAAUGGAGCCUAAGGCGUUUGCGGUGAAAAGCGUAACCGAUAAGUGGAUGAAGGAUGUACGAGGCGCCGCAGUAACAGUGGCAUUGAUAGCGGCGUCAACCGUUGCCGCUAUAAGCACCGUCAUAGCAAUGUAUACGGAAGAUAAAGUGACUAUGUGUGCUGCAGUGGGUGCCUUUGCUGGUAUACUAGGUGCUUGUUUAGCUCCUACGCUUAGCGAUGGCGUUGCCAUUCUUAUUCACGAGGGCGCGCUGACUGUGACUGGUAUGAAUAUUAUGAUCGUUCAUUACACGGGGUCAAAGUCACAAAUGGAGAUUCUGGACUAUCUGUAUGUGGCACUGGCCAGUUGGGCCCUUAUUGCGAUUUCGCGUAUUAUUCUUUCGAAGAAGUUGUUGGAGUGCUUUUUAAUGGUUGCUCUGGAUACCGUCGCGCUGCUUCACGUGACGGUCAUUUUGAUGGAAGUGCUGGACUUUAUUGAGCACCCACUUGCAAACAAUUUGCCUCGCGAGCUAGCUGCUUUUUUUUAUUUCUAUCGCGUCGGCUGA